AUGGAACGACUAGUCCACGAUAAGCUGAAAAGCGAUGCUUUUCGAAGAAAAUCUUCCAUGAAAAUACACCAUUCGGCAUCAUUAAAGGACUUGAGUGCAAUUGCAAGCAACGAGGAUGAACCCAGAGACUCAUAUAACCCCCCUGCUCGCGCAAAGACAUUUUCGUCAGCCAAAAAGUCAAAUAAUCGUCAUGACAAACCAGACUCAGCAACCCAUUUUCCUUCCCUAGAUCCUAAACCAAGACUAAUUUCUGGAACAAAACGACCAGACGAACCGCCGUCUAAACAUGAAAAAGUUAAUACUGCUUCUUUGGGACUUCGGUUGGCGGGUUACGCAUUGUCAACUGAUGAUCUUUCCAAUCGACCUUUACACUAUGCCUCAUCUACUUCGUCUUUACCGCUACCCUCAACACGAAGGUACGAGGAGUUAGAGGCCUUGUCCAAGAUAGAGAAUAGCAAAAAGUUGCAAGAAAAAGACUCGUUUCCACCGGCAAUUACUCGAUCUUCAACUCAGUCUUUUCGUUCAUUUUCUACUGUUGCUAGUUACAGAAAGAAAAUGCCCUCGCCCGAGGUUGUUGACAAUCUCUUUGAACGCCUUCUUUCGACCAGGGUAUUCACCUCUAAAGCUCUCAGGUCGCUCCGUAUGGAACUGCCGUCCCGCAAGUGGGAGCUUCUUCUCAGUGAGAACGACUCCAAUUCAGAUUUCGACUUGACUCUGAUGGUAAGAACUAUUGAUGAAACUAAUUUAGCAUCUUCCACACAUUCUGACCCUUCGUCGAGAACACAGCGCGCUGGCCGCCAACAUUCAUCCAUGAAAGUUCUUUCGGAACUCAAGAUCGAUACGAAUACAAAACUGUCCCAAAAAUUCGAACAAGAGACCCCCACGCCAUACAUAGUAACGAGAUUAGCCGGGCUAUCUCCCGCGGCAUACGUGAGCCAGAUCUUAGCAGAUGAGCUUUCUGUUUCUGAGUACAAAUCUUUGAGAAGAAAGAUAGCCAACAGCUCUUUCAUUGAGUCUGAAGUCGCUAAGAAUUCAUGGAAAAAGGCAUUUUGCGAUGAGAAUGGAGACAAGGCGUUGGCUGGUGCUCUCGAAAAAUUGAAUUGGAAAAGCAUAAAAGCGAAUCAUGAGCUAGAUAAGGAGUACCUCAUUGUUCUGUGCCUCAAGCUUAUAUUGAAUGACAUCAACUACAAUAGCCUCGCAAAGUUGGACAAAAAGCUGACAAGGUCGAUAUGUCAUUCGAUGAUAUCUCCAAGAGUUGAAACCAGACAGCAAGCAACAGACAUUUUUGCCCACUUGUGUUAUUUUCAUCCUGAAAUGUCUCCUGAUUUGAUAGACUGUAUCGGUAAAUUACUGAGCAACCCAUCAGGUUCACGGUUUGAAAGAUGGAUAUCCACGUUUGAAGCCACAUUAAGCUCACAGAAAUUCAGUCGAAAUGAGUACAGAACAGGCACCCGCUCUUACGCAUCGAGUACGCUCUUGCUCAUCAAUUUGCUUGUAGACUCUACGAAAUCUUCAAAGGGCAGGUUUGUUAUACGAAGAGAACUAGGUCUUGCUGGCUUGGAGCUGCUCUUUACAAAGUUGAGGGUUGUCGAUGACCCCCACAUUAAUGAACAGAUCGAGAUCUAUGAAAUAGCGGCUUGCGAUGACCACGACAAAUUGAGCAGAAAAAAGAAGACCCUUGCUACUCCCGAAUUUUCGAACGACCUGGAAAACCCCUUUCUGGGAGUCUUGGAAUCACUUACGAAACUUCAACAAUCACCACAGAUUCUGCAGAAAGCAUUAGAGAAAACAGCUAAAGUACUUGAAUUGGUGAUCAAGCAUGCCAUGGAACCAGAUCAAAGAAUUUCGUCGGUGGAGAGACUAAUAGACCGACUAAUGACAGAUGACAUUGCUCAAAGAGCUAUGGUGGAAAACCAAUCGCUUCGCAAAGAACUUUCAAUGCGAGCUUCUGAUCCAAGAAGCAACCUUUCCGGCAACGAGCCUCCCAAACAUACUCCUCAGUUAAGUCUGGAAAGCAGCUUGUUUGCUCAUUUUCAAGAUCCUAAUUAUAAUAAUGCCAAGUCAGGAACAGAUGAUGUUCGAUUUACCACUUUGAAAGAUGGUCCUUCGGAAUCAUUCAGGCCGGCAAGACCACCCACUCCUCCACUUUUUGGUGCAGCCGCUCCACCUCCAAAUGUUCAUCUUCUGAAACUAGAUUUGAACCACCAAGCUGGAGCGAAAAUCCAGCUUCCACCUCCUUCUGGGGGCUUCAUAUCGUCAAACCAGGCUUCAAUAGAAGCACAAACGUCACACCAUUCCACCUCCUUUGAAGCAAAGAGUAGCAACAAGAAUAAUCGACCAAAGGCCCUUUCAUCAAGAGCCCCCCCUCCUCCUCCAUUACCCGGCAUGUUUAACUCGGUUGCAAUUGAUACUUCAACUACAGCCAUUCCUCCAGCUCCACCAUUGCCGGACAUGUUUGGAAGUACCAAUGGCCAAAACACGGUCCCUUCAAUUCCUCCACCACCUCCAUUACCUUCGAUGCUCAAGAACGAAAAAGGAAACGAGCCUGUUUCUUCCAAAGCUCCACCUCCACCACCACCGUUACCACCAUUAUUAAUAGGAAAUGGAGCACAACCUCCACCACCUCCACCUCCACCUCCACCACCACCGUUUCUCUUGGGCUCUCAAGACACUUCCCUCACUCAGGAUUCCAUUCCUCCACCACCGCCUUUACCUCCUAUAUUGAAUGGGGAAAACAACUCAGUUUUGUCGUCAAUGACUUCUUCCCCCGUUGCAGCGUUGCCUAAUAUCUCAGCUACCCUCAACCUGGAGAGCAGCUCCAUAACUCAGACCCCGACUAAGAACUCUGGCUCCUUAGGUACAAGUGGAAGUAUCCCCGCCACUGAUACAAAUUUGCUAGGAAUUCGACCCAAGAACAAGGUCAAGCAGAUGCACUGGGAGAAGAUCAAUGAUAUUCAGAAGACCUUUUGGACCGAAGUCGAUAGUAACUUUUCGAAUGAGCUACUUGGAAGCGGAAUAUUGAGUGAAGUGGAACGUAUUUUUGCCGCAAAAACCUCUACUAUAAAGCUAAAAAAAGACACAGGAUCUAGCAAGCAAGCUUCUCGAAAAGUCUCAUUUCUUCCUCGAGACCUAGCCCAGCAAUUUGGUAUCAACUUGCACAUGUUUGCUAAUCUACCAGUGGAUGAACUUGUGCUCAAAAUUCUUCGAUGUGAAAGCGAGAUAUUGGAAAAUGUGAGUGUGUUGGAAUUCUUCAACAGCGAUCAACUCACCGAGAUGGGUGAUACAAUGGCCAGAAACUUAGCUCCAUACUCCACUGGUUUCGACAAACUCUCUGGUAAAGAACCUAAGGAGUCUCCUGACGAUCUUGACAGACCCGACAGACUCUACUUGGAACUUUGGUAUAAUCUUCGUUCUUACUGGAAGUCAAGGUCCCGAGUACUACUUCUUCUGCAAACUUAUGCGAAAGAUUAUCAUGAUCUCGAACACAAAUUACGAAGAGUCGAUGUUGCUAAUGAGGCAGUAGAAGCGUCUGAGAAUUUGAGAAACGUGUUAACCUUGAUUCGAUCUAUGGGAAACUUCAUGAACGAUCUGUCCAAGCAGGCGCUAGGAAUAAAGAUUGACACAUUACACCGCCUCAAGUUUAUGAAAGACGACGCUAACUCUAUGACAUUUUUGCACUACAUUGAAAAGGUGAUCAGGAAUACGUUUCCCUCCUUUGGAGCAUUUGUGGACGAGCUUCGAGAUCUCACCCAAGCCCAUAAUAUAUCAGUGGAGCAGCUUGAAAAAGAUUGUCUUGACUUUGAAAAGAAUGUUUCAAACUGCUUCAGUUCGAUUGAAAAAGGUAAUCUCAGUGAUCCAGGAAAAUUCCACCCAGAGGACAAGGUACUUGAGGCUGUCAGAGAAAGCAUUCGAAGGGCGCAGACCAAGAGCGGGCUCUUGAUCCAGCAUAUGAAGAAAACCGUACAGAAGUACGAAUGUUUAAUGGAGUAUUUUGGCGAGGAUCCCAAAGACUCGCUAAGUAAAGCAGGAUUUUUCGACAAGUUUCAGUCCUUUGUUGUUGAGUUCACCAGGGUCCAUACGGAGAAUAUUCAGAAGGAAGAGGAUCAGAGAGCUUAUGAAGCGCGGAAGAAGCUUUUGGAGGAUCCCAAACUAAAGAAGAACAACUCUCAGCAAGUCGAAGUCAAAGACCAGAGUCUGGCGAAAACCAUAGAAACCACCAAAUCAGGUUCCAAAGAAAGUGAGUUGAAGCACGACACAGAUACAAAAGAUGACCAGGAGGAGGAUGACGACGAUAUAGAAGGCGAGGAGUAUUCCUCUGUUGACGAAAUUGGUGAUGAAGUCAUUGAGUCACUUUUGGAAAAGCUUCGCAAUGCCAGUUCGACUUCUUCAGAAAGCUACAAUAAAAAAAGAAGAAGCAAGGCUCUCUCAUUUUACCUGACAGCUUCCGUGGAUGAGUUUUACGAGAAUACGGCAGCUAAUGGAAGUGAAGUGGAUUUACGUUUAGAGUAUGAAAGUGUCAAUUCUCUCAAGAAGAGAAUGACAAGCAGACGCCAAGGUGCCAGUACAACUGACUUGAAUCUGUCCACUCCAGCUCCUGCCGAUAUGGUGAUGGCAAGGGCACAAAGCAUGUUGAGCCAAUUGCGGAACAACGAGCCAGCGGAAACGGAAGUUAGACAACAGGACCUCCACCAGUAA